GGCUGGCGGCCGCGGGGCUUGAGGCGGGUGUGGGGAGUCGGAGCGGAGCCGAGCGCCAGCGCGGGCUGAGGGUUAGGAGGGCGGCGACUGGAAGAGCGACCGGCGGCGGCGGCGGCGGCGGCGGCGGCGGCGAGGACGGGGCGCCCUCUCUCACUUUUUGAGUGCCUCCCUCCCCUCCUGACAGACCACCCACCCCACACUGUACCCCUCCCGCACCCGCCCCCCGCGCACCCCACGCUCACACCCAGCCUGCCCGUGAGCCUGGGGAACUUGCAGCUUAAAGCCGGCCACCCCCACGGCAACAUGUACCCCAGCAACAAGAAGAAAAAGGUGUGGAGAGAGGAGAAAGAACGUUUACUGAAGAUGACCUUAGAGGACAGACGCAAAGAAUACCUAAGAGACUAUGUUCCCCUGAACACCAUUCUAUCUUGGAAAGAUGAAAUGAAGGGCAAGAGCCAAAGUGAUGAGGAAAAUACUCAGGAAGCAUCACUAGUGAAGAAAAGUUUGAGUGAGAAAGUUUCUCUCUACAGAGGUGACAUCACAUUGCUAGAGAUAGAUGCUAUAGUCAAUGCAGCAAAUGCCAGUCUUCUUGGAGGAGGCGGUGUGGAUGGCUGUAUUCACAGAGCCGCUGGCCCCUGCUUGCUAGCCGAGUGCCGGACCCUGAAUGGCUGUGAUACGGGACAUGCAAAAAUCACAUGUGGCUAUGACCUUCCUGCAAAAUAUGUCAUCCAUACUGUAGGGCCAAUAGCCAGAGGCCAUAUUAAUGGUUCCCACAAGGAAGACCUUGCAAAUUGCUAUAAAUCAUCUCUGAAGCUGGUGAAAGAAAAUAACAUCCGAUCAGUGGCAUUUCCCUGCAUCUCAACGGGCAUUUAUGGUUUUCCAAAUGAGCCUGCUGCAGUUAUUGCCCUUGGUACCAUUAAGGAAUGGCUGGCCAAGAAUCACCAGGAGGUGGAUCGAAUCAUCUUCUGUGUCUUUUUAGAAGUUGACUUCAAAAUCUACAAAAAGAAAAUGAACGAGUUUUUCCCCAUAGAUGAUAAUGAUGGAGAAGAAGAUGUUGACAUGAAAGAAGAUUCAGAUGAGAAUGGUCCAGAGGAAAAGCAAAGUGCGGAAGAAAUAGAAGGGCAGAGCCAAGAAGCAGAUGGUGUCAGCACCCCCCCUGUGCCCAGCCCUGCUUCUGAAGAUGCAGUUGAAGAUUGUAAAGAUGAAGAUUCUGCAAAGGAUGACAACAUUAUAAAAGAUGAUGAAGUAGCAGAUCAUUCUGAGUGUGACCAAGAUCAUCCCAAUGGACAAGAGAGUGAAUCAACAAAGAAUGAAGUGAAACUUGAGACUGAGUCCCAGAGCUCAUCUAUGGAAACAGAAGAGAUUGCCUCAAACCAGGAGGAGGCCAUGACGGUGGAGCAACCAGAAGUGAUCCCACUGACAGAUGAAGAGGAAGAAAAUGAAGAUGGAACAGCUGAAGGCGAGGACAUACCUGCUAUGUCUGUGAAAAGCCAAGACUCCAGUGACACAGAAAAUGCCACAGGUCCUGAAGUUGAAAUGAAUAGUCCAGUUGACAAUGUAAAUGACCCAACAGAGAGUCAGCAAGAAGAUUGCCAAUAGGGGCACAAAGAUGAAGCAAAGGAACAAACAAAGGAAACGAAAUGACAGUCAGCAUUGCAGGGCCUGGCCCUGGGGAGUUUGGGAAG